CCCCGAUACCAACAAACGGAUCAAUCGUUCGAGAGCAGCAGCAACUUCAAUCCCAACUUCAACCCUAAUUUCGACCGUUCCAACCCCAGUCCCGAUCACGCUCGAAACCUGUCGGGUCAGACCACACGCACAAACACAUGGGUACAGACGCCCGGAGGACCAUACCCUCAGGACCAGAACCCGAGUUAUCAGAACUUUGGUCCCAGCCAGCAACCAGGCUAUUUCCAAGGACCAGUCAACGUCAACGGUUACCCAGAGGAUGUGAAGGGUAAAGAUCCUUUUAAGGAUGCCGCCUACGUUACUGAGCGUUCAGUGAUGCCUACUCCCAACGAGUCUCCACGCGACUCCAUCGACCUGGAGAAGGAGAAAGCAGCAGCAGAACCUCACGACCCUCACAAGAAAGACCCCAACCAGCCAUGGAUGGCGUUCGGACCGAGACUGAAGCACUUCACAUGGGCCUGGUACACGUUGACCAUGGCCACGGGAGGGAUCUCAACACUCAUUGCUAUUCAACCCCAUCGAUUUCCAGGUCUGAUCACUAUCGGCGCCAUCUUCUACAUCGUCAACUUGUUCUUCUUUGCCAUCCUCGGUGCCUGCAUGGUCCUUCGCUUCACCAAGUUCCCUGGCACAUUUAAAGAAUCCGUCACUCACGAGCGAGAAGCACUCUUCUUGGGUCCGUUCUUUCUCUCAAUUGCCACGAUCAUUACUGGGACGCAAAAGUAUGUUGUCGAGUCCUACGAAGCAAAUCAUCCGAUGCGCGGGUGGAUCGUGACCAGCAUGGCUAUCGCGUUCUGGGUCUACGUUUUCAUGACUUUCUGCCUUGCCAGUUUCCAAUACUCGUUCUUGUUCGCGAAGCACACCUACCUACUCACCAAAUUCAUGCCAUCUUGGCUGCUUCCCAUCUUCCCAAUCAUGCUCGGCGGCACGAUUGCGGCUGUCAUCGCAAAAGAUCAACCAGUGAGUACACGCAUGCCCAUCAUUGCUGCGGGCUUGGGCUGUCAAGGUUUGGGUUUCACAAUGAGUAUCAUCAUGUAUGCGCAUUACAUCGGUCGUUUGAUGCAAGUUGGCUACCCCAACCGCGAGCACAGAGGCGCCAUGUUCAUUGGUGUGGGACCGCCUUCCUUCACGGCACUGGCCUUCAUCGGAAUGGCGAACGCUCUCGAGGACGACUUUGACCUACAGGGAGAUGGCCUGAUUGAUGCGAAUGUGCUACGGACGUUGGCUAUUGUAACGGCGCUCUUCCUUUGGGUACUUGCCAUGUGGUUCUUCAUGAUUGCUUUCAUCGCCGUCCUUCACUCCCGUCCUGAAUACUUCCAUCUCGGUUGGUGGGCUAUGGUGUUCCCCAACUCCGGCUUCAUUAUCGCAACCAUCAACAUUGGUAACAGCUUGAAAGACGAGGUCAUAUUGUACGUCGCAAACGGCCUUACGAUUGCUAUCCUAUGCAUGUGGGUGUUUGUGCUCUACCACAACAUCCGAGCGGUUGUAGUCCAAGACAUUAUGUACCCCGGCCGCGACGAAGACGUCGAGGACUAAGUACGACAAUCAGCCAAGUGCGCGCACACCCCGCGCAACACCAAGAAACACCCAAUAUCGGCUCUCCGAAGAAGACAACAUACAAGCAUUUCCUAGUUUUCAACACCACGCUCGUUCCUUGCGCCGUCUCCUCGCUCACUUCGCUUCUCCAGCCCAUUUCCUGUACGUCACAGCGCCGGUCUUUCGGGAACGACGCCGCGGCUCAUGUAUUGUACAAGCAAAGGAUGACUCCGUACGGCCUAGCUCAUAUAUCCAUUCAUUCACGUCCUGUAUUUCUGACCCUUUGUAUCGUUGCAUAGCGUUGGCGC